AUGACUCUUCUCCAGCUUUCGGCAUUGGUGGCUGCGGCGGCCCUUCUAAAAGCCCAUAGUCCACUCCACACCGCCGUUGCUUUUGGGCUUGUCGGGUAUGUUGUCACAUCGCACUUGAUCCCACGUCUAGGUGCCAGUUUUAUGAAGGUGGGCCUCAAAGGAAAGGACUUGCUGAAACCAGGACCCGUGCAGCCGAUUCCAGAGUCAAUGGGCGUGGUGCCCGCCGUCACAUAUAUGGUGCUUUUGGUGACGAUCAUCCCGUUUGUCUUUUUCAAGUAUUUGGUGUCGUUUCUGGCCAUGGCGAACGAGGAGGAUUUGUCUGCAUUGUACAAUGCGCAGUACCACCUGGUGGACAACCACAAUCUAUUUCCCCACAACAAGCUCGCCGAGUACUUAAGCGGUGCGUUGUGCCUCAUGUGCACACUUCUCCUUGGUUUUUUUGACGAUCUCUUUGAUAUUCGGUGGCGCCACAAGUUCUUCUUGCCUGCGGUGGCAUCACUCCCGUUGUUGAUCGUAUACUAUGUGAAUUUCAGCGUCACAUCCGUAGUGGUGCCGCUGUUCGUGACAAGCACGGCUGUCGGUGAGACUGCGCUUGAAUGGUUGAGUGGAUUUUGCAACUGGGCCAAUGCCAUGGUCACGUGGAUCACGGGGCUCAAGUUUACUACCUUGACCACGGACUACCACUUUGCAGCUGUCAGUGCACCCAAGUUGCUUGACUUGGGAAUCUUCUACUAUGCGUACAUGUCUGCGUUGUCGAUAUUUGCGCCCAACUCCAUCAACAUUUUGGCCGGCAUCAAUGGGUUGGAAGUGGGCCAGUCCAUAGUGUUGGCGGUCAUUUUCCUAGCCAACGACAUGUGUUACUUGAUGAGCUCGUCAAUCUCAAUGGCCGCGUACGACUCGCACAUGCUCUCGGCCAUAUUUAUUAUUCCGUUCUUGGGUGUGUCUUUGGGGCUUUUUCAGUACAAUUUUUACCCGGCUCAAGUGUUCGUGGGUGACACCUACUGCUACUUCAGUGGAAUGGUGUUUGCCAUUGUUGGGAUCUUGGGUCACUUCUCCAAAACCUUGCUAAUUUUUUUGUUGCCGCAGAUCCUCAACUUCGUGUACUCGGUGCCACAGUUGUUCAACAUUGUGCCAUGUCCAAGACACCGACUCCCGAAAUUCGACGAACAAACUGGGUUGAUGAACGUCAGCUAUGGUGAACUAGCAAAGAGCAGCAGGAUGAACAGUUUGUUCUUGGAGACCUUGGCUUUUUUCAAGCUAGUGAAAGUGGAACGAAACGAAAGAGGCGGGAUCACGCGAUUCUCGAACUUGACGAUUAUCAAUUUGGCCUUGGUGUGGUUCGGGCCCAUGCGCGAGGACAAGCUCUGCUUGUUUCUUUUACUGGUGCAAUUAUUUGUGGGGAUUUCAAUGCUUGUGGUGCGCCACACUGUGGGACCAUGGCUUUUUGGUUACGACAACUUGUCUUGGGGAGCCAAGUAG